UACUAGUGUUCUCAAGCAGUAUUGCAUCACAAUCUGUCCUUACCCUUGCUUGCCAGUGGCUCCAUGGCUUAUUCGAUCAUCCAACAUGUUGAAUAUCAUUUAGCCUCGGCGAAUGAAACGACACUGCUAGACCUAUAAGUGCUUGUGCUCCGCCGAGUUUCCCCUCAAUCAAUAACCCGGAGUGUUUCCCUCAUAAUAUUCCAUCAUUUAAGCUGUGUCAUUGCUGCUGAAUGUGUCAAAAGCCCUUAGUCUGAUAGAAACAGGACCGUUUCAUCCUUCUUUUUGCGUGUCAUCGUCAAGGCGCACCAUACCAGUGAUCCGACGGUCUGGAGAGGGAGAUCCCACAGUCUGUUGCUAUAAUAAGACUCGAUCAAUGAUCAGAUCAUUUUGUAGGUGGUUUCAGAGAAAAAAGAGGAGGGGGAGCAAGAAGAGGAACACUACCGUGGAAGUUGGGAAGUUUGACCCCCUCGUCUGACCCCGUGAUUUUAUUGUGGUCGUUUGAUGUUGAUGACAGAAAUGGACGGGCAUCGUACUAGAAGGGAUUCCUAAGAGAUCCUUUAUGCCACUCAUCAAGAAGUAAGAAUCUUCUCCACCGUUCCAAACCGGAGGUCCAGGAAUGCUCAUACCACCCAGAGGCUGCUGCUACUGCCACCAUGGCCCGAAGAAAAGAACAGAGGAAACGGGUGAAGGAAAGCGGGAACCCAUCUGUGUUGGCCAAGCUCCUUCUGUUGCUUUGUGUUGUGAGCACUAUGGCCUUGGUGUUGCAACUCAACCUUGCAACACAGCAAAACGCUUUGCUCAGGAACAUAAAGGGGGCUGAAGAACCACGACUAUGGAUCGCCACACCGGCUGCAAAGUUCUGCCGUCCUCGACGCCAUCUUGUCUUCCUCAAGACCCACAAAUGCGGGUCGUCCACUGUGCAGAACGUGUUCUUGCGGUAUGCCUUCAACCACAACCUGUCGGUGGCCUUACCGUACUCAGGUGUUAAUCUGGAUGGUAACGGCGAGACGCUGAGUUCGAAGGUGAAAGAGCUCAAGGACUCGCCCUUUGCUCCUCCCAUCGGCAAGUACCACUUCCUCAUCCAUCACACGAGGCUCAACGUCAAGGCUGUUCAACAGCUGACCUACGACGAUUCAGUGUGGGUCACUAUUCUUCGAGAACCUUCCGCAGUCUUCGAGUCAAUGUUCCAUUACUUCCAUAUGCACAAAUUCUACGGUUCAACGUUCGACCACUUAGUCUGGCAACUGGAAGGCCACUCCGGAGUGAAGUCCAGGUUGAAACAUUCCAGCACAAGGUACUUAGGACGUCUUGGAAAGAAUCAAAUGACUUGGGAUCUGGGACUUGAUGAUUCUGACUUGAGACAAGACUCUGUUCUCAGGGAAGCCUUCAGAAUUCUAGAUGAAAAUUUCCACUUAGUUAUGCUGGCCGAGAGGAUGGACGAGAGCCUCGUCCUCCUGAGGCACCUCAUGUGUUGGAGUGAGGAUGACGUGGUGGUCCUUGCCCAAAAUGUCAGAAAAGACAGAUACCGCAGCUAUAUGGCUGAACACACCGUCACUACGCUGGAACAUUUCAACGCAGUGGAUGUUAAACUUUACUCCUACUUUAAAGAAAGGUUUGACAAGCAAGUGCAGGGAUUUGGAGUCAAACGCAUGGAAGAGGAAGUAGCCCGUUUGAGGGAAAGCAGAGAUAAGGUAUGGAAACUCUGUGGCGUAAGAGAUAGUCUGAACAAGAAGAAACCGAUGAUUGCCAAGGGAGGCAAAGAUGAAAACGACGAGAAGCAUCAUUUGGUGAUUCAGUACCAAGUCCAUAACAAUGGGACAUACAAGCACAGAAGAGCGUGCAAGGACCUCAUUCGCCCUGGUGUCGAGUUCACGCAAAUCCUUCGGUGGAAGCAGUACGCUCGCUAUCACUACAUGGUCAGCAACUCUUACAAUUUGUCGUGGACGCCGAACUCCUCCAAGAGGAAGCCCAAAAAGAAGGGCCGAAAACCGCCCAGACCCUCGGGUGCUCGUAAGUCUUCGGCGCAAAACGGCGCUGAUAAGGAGACUCCGAACCAAGAUCAAAAUAGCUCCAGUAAGGAGAAGAACCACCAGGAGAGUGACAGAUCGAACAAAGAGAAGCAGAGCCAGGAACAGAUUGCCGUUAAUCAAGAAAGAUAGGAUUGAACACUGCAUGGAAUUCCCACGGCAGAUCUCGAAGCUGAUUAUCAUGCAUUCGCCACUAAAGCUCAAAAUCAUGGUGUUGAUAAUCUUAAUUGGCUGACCGAAUAGCAUUGUUGAUCAAUAAUGGGAUACCUCAGAAUCAUCAGUUGUGUAACGUAUUUAUGAUAUUAUGUAUGAAGUAAACAAUGUUUUUUAUGUGAACUGCGAAGGAUGGGGAGAAUUAAUAUACUACGGGACAAUUUUGUCUUCUUAUUUCUCGUUAUAUCAAAUACUUGAACAUACUUGGACUUUAUUCAAGUACUCGGUUAAGUUGUAUUUCGUUUUAUUUUAUCAAUGUCACCAGAGAUCUUUAACAGUAAUCAAAUGUAAUACGAAUUAAAUCAAUAGGAAAGUUAUGGAUGUGAAUUAUGUUUGAGAAUAUAU